AUGACGCAACAGGCACCGCCUGAGAUGGACCGCCGUCGGCGCGCGAGCUCCAACUACUUCGAGCUCGAUGCAGACCGUCGUCGCAACAAGUCGGAGCGUUCUGCGCGCCUAAGUACGCGCCUCGACUCCAUGGACAUGUCGCAGUCGGGCGUCAAGAGCACGGCCGUGCCGUCGGACGACGAGACGGCGAUUGAUUACUGUUGCGAGGUCUUGAAGACCAAAUUUGGGUUCCAAGAGGGGUCGGUGAGCAACCAACGCGAGCACGUGCUGCUCCUGUUAGCCAAUGGCAAAGCGCGCUGCCUGGCCACGGACCCCGUGGACCAGCACCUCGUGCACUUGGCCGACAAAUUGUUUACAAACUACCGCUCGUGGUGCAAGUUUAUCCACACACAGCCCGUGACGUACUCGGGCCACGGGAUCCCCACGGCCACGCCGUCGGCACACUUGCACAUGGACGUCAUGUUGUACUUUCUGAUAUGGGGCGAGGCCGCCAACAUUCGGCACAUGCCCGAGUGCAUGUGCUACCUCUUUCACCAGAUGCUGACCAGCGUGAACGCGGACCCGCAGAGCCGCGACAAGCAGUCGGAGGGCUGGUACUUGGACCAAGUGGUCCGCCCCAUCUGGCGCGAAGCCAGCAACAUGAAGCGCCGGAAUGCGCUGGGGAAACCGCUGGAGCACGUGAAGAUUCGCAAUUACGACGACAUUAACGAGUACUUUUGGAAAUCGCAUUGCUUGAGUAUCGACGUGACGCAAGUGGGCCAAGAGCUGACGCAGAACCACGGCAAGACGUUUUACGAGCACCGCAGUAUCUUUACUAUGAUACUGAACUACUACCGGAUCUUCCAGUUCAACAUGAUGUUCCUCGUGCUGUUGACUGUCCUCGCGUUCGCCGUGACGAUCUCACCGAGCGGCGGCGAGGACGGCUGGUCGGAGUUUACGGAGAUCGGCGACGUGGUGGCCCCGUACUCGACGCGCGACUUGAAGCUCGCGAUCGUGGCCAUUCCCUUUAGUUUGAGUCUCAUGGCGUUUCUCAAGUGCGUCAUGGAGGUGUGCCACGGCUGGCACUUGCUGACGUCGAAGGAGAGUGCAGCCACGAGCUCGCGCUCGUUCUCGUACGGAUCGGCGCUGACGACUCGGAUCGUCUGGAACGGCGGCUUUGCCAUCUUGUUUGGCGUCAUGAUUUACGUGCCGCUGAACCAAGACAAGGACACGGCGCUGUUGGACAAUUUGUACCCACUAUGUGGCGCGUAUGUAUUGCCGGGCGCACUGGUGCUGUUGAUCCAAGCGCUUGCCCCGCGGCUCAUUACUGGCACGUUUGCUGCAAAGUUUGUGCGUGAAGGCGCGAGUUGUUACGUGGGCCAAGACAUGACGCCGCCGCUGGUGUAUCAAAUGAAGUACACGCUGUUUUGGGUGCUCUUGUGGGUCGUCCAGGGGGUUACGUCGUACUUUAUUUUGGUCCGUCCCCUCAUUCUGCCGACGCUGAGCAUUUACGCCAUGAAUUUGAACUAUCAGAACUCGUUGGUGUCGUUCUAUAACGUCGGCAUUCUCAUUGCUUUGUGGCUGCCGGUCGUGUGUAUCUUUAACUACGCACCGCAGAUCUUUUUCACGAUCUUCCAAGCGCUGCUCGGUGGCUUUCAAGGCAUCCUCAUGAAGACGGGCGAGAUUCGGGGCGCCAAGGAAAUGACCAAGGCUUUCCGCGUGGCGCCGCAGCUGUUUGACCAGAAGGUGGUGACGUUGCUCGCGCGCUCGAACGACGCGCCGCCGAGCAGUGCUGGCUCGGCUCGUACUAGCGUCUUGGCAGCAGCGUACGAGUCGCAGAUGAUGCUGCGUUUCGUGGUCGUGUGGAAUGAGAUUGUGAAUUCGUUUCGCGAAGGCGACUUGCUCGAUGACAAGGAAGCUGCGAUUCUUCAGUACGACAUUCGAAGCACUGGGGAAGUGUUCGAGCCGGUGUUUUUGUCGGCUGGCAAACUGACGGAAGCCAUGGGGUUGACCGUCAAGACGGCGAAGGAUGGCAAGGGUGAGUCGCAGCUUCGUGUGACACUCGUAGAGAACGACUGCCUUUCGGCCAUUCGUUCAUUUUUUACAGCCAGCAUGUACGUGGUUAGCGCUUUGUUCGGCAACGACGAUGCCGACGUGAUUGACGGAUUCCGUUCGAUCGAGGAGACUGCUUCAAGUGGUGGUUUUUUGAAAUCGUUCAACGUUCGAGAGCUGGUGAGUCUGCGUGCUGCCGCUGUGGACCUUCUCGAAGAGAUUUUGGACUUGCCGGACCCGGAUGUGCAGUCGCAGCAUAUUCCGAACACCCGUGUGCACUCGUUGGGUGUGAUUCGCAACUUUGUUGUCAAGAUGGAGGUCUUUUUGAAGGGUGUGCAGACGUUUUGCAUCGAUCCUGCUUUGCAGCGCAAGUUCAGCAACUCGAAAUUCUGCUCUAGCGCCAAUGGGUACAUGUAUGCAUCGCGCGGACUCGUGAACCUGUUUAGCAGCGAUACAGCGAUGGGCGCGGCCACACGUGCUUGCCUGCUAUUGUCUCUCGACCGCUCGGAGGCCAUGCCACGUACUAUGGAGGCGCAGCGUCGUCUGGGCUUUUUCAUGAAGUCGCUUGUCAUGGAUAUUCCGCAGCUGCGUUCCAUCAAGGAGAUGCGCAGUUUUUCAGUCGUGACUCCGUUUUACGCCGAGACGGUGCUGUUUUCAUUGAAGGACUUGAAUGAUCCUCUUGUGAACCACCCGAUCUUCCAGCAGGUUGAGGAAGACGGGAAGAACUUGACGAUUCUGAAGUACCUGACAAAGAUCCAUCAGGAGGAAUGGGACAACUUUCUAGAGCGCGUGGAUGUCAGCUCUGCCGAGGAAGCGCAGAAGAACCAUCCUGAAGAAAUUCGAUUAUGGGCGUCGUACCGUGGUCAAACGUUGGCCCGCACGGUGCAGGGCAUGAUGAUGUAUGAAGACGCCAUCAAGAUCUUGCACUGGUUGGAGAUUGGCUCCAGUCCCGGCAAGUCUGCAGAGCAGAAGCAGAAUCAGCUACAAGACAUGGUCCGUCUGAAGUUCUCGUACGUUUGCGCUUGCCAGGUGUACGGCAAGCACCGCGCCGAAGGCAAGGCGCAGGCUGCGGACAUUGAUUACCUGCUGCGCGAGUACCCCAAUUUGCGUGUAGCUUACGUGGAUACGGUUGAGAACGCCGACGGCGAGAAAUCGUUUGACACAGUGCUGAUCAAGAGCGAAGCCGAUGACAUUGUUGAAGUGUACCGCUACUCGCUGCCGGGAGAUCCGAUUUUGGGCGAGGGCAAGCCAGAGAAUCAGAACAACGCUACUCCGUUCACGCGCGGCGAGUUCGUGCAGACGAUCGACAUGAACCAGCAGCACUACUUUGAAGAGUGCCUGAAGAUGCCGCAGCUGUUGUGCACAGCUGACUUGCACCCGUCGAAGAAGCCAGUUUCGAUCAUCGGUAUGCGCGAGCAUAUUUUUACAGGCAACGCUAGUUCACUCGCUAAGUUCAAGACGUGGCAAGAGCUGGUGUUUGUGACACUGUCGCAGCGUGUGCUUGCCGACCCUUUGUACGUGCGUAUGCACUACGGUCACCCAGAUGUGUUCGACAAAGUGUUGGCGAUCACGCGUGGAGGUGUGUCGAAGGCCAGUAAGGGCAUCAAUCUGUCCGAAGACGUGUUUGCCGGUUUUAACACGACUCUGCGUGGCGGCGUCGUGACGCACGUAGAGUUCAUGCAGUGUGGUAAGGGUCGUGAUGUGGCUUUGUCUCAGAUCUCGAUGUUCGAAGGCAAGCUGGCGAAUGGUGCCGGCGAGACUUCGUUAGCUCGCGAGGCUCAUCGCAUGGGUCAGUUCAUGGAUUUCUGCCGUCUGAACUCGAUGUACUACUCCCACACUGGGUUUUACUACGCGACAUGGAUGACAAUUGUAACAACAUUCGUGUACAUGUACUGCAAGGUUUACAUUGCUUUGUCAGGCGUGCAGUCACAAAUUGUGUACAGCAUGAACACCACGGCGGUCAUUAUGGACAACGCGCAGUUGCACGGCUUCGACGAGCGUGUUUUUCACGACAUGGAUUCUGUGUACAACACGCAGUAUUACAUCCAGGCUGGUCUGUUCUUGUCUCUACCGCUGAUUUGUGUGUACUUCGCUGAAAUGGGCUUGCGGCGCGGCCUCGUGCAGUUCUUGGAGAUGGUCUUUACGGCUGGCCCGGCGUUCUUUAUCUUCCAGCUCGGAACGACCAUGCACUUUUUCGACAACAAUUUGCUCCAUGGUGAAGCUCAGUACAAGGCUACGGGUCGUGGAUUCAAGAUCACGCGCGAAACGUUUGUUUUGUUGUACAAGGCGUACGCGCUGAGUCACUACCGCAAAGCUAUGGAGCUCAUCGGCCUGUGUUUGGUAUACCUUGCGUUUGGCCAGUUCAACAUUUGUGACACCUCUGUCGCUGGUGAGGCCAAUUCGUUCGCUUUCGAGUACUGUGAUACGUCGCAGAGCUUUGGCGUGCAGACAUUUGCAAUUUGGGUCAUCGCCGUGGUGUGGUUGCUGUCUCCUUACAUUUUCAACACUGACGGUCUAGACUGGGAAAAGACAAAGGUCGAUGUGUCGGCGUGGGCAAAGUGGAUGUAUGCCAGCGAGGACUACACGGACGAAGACUCGGUAAUGGUUGGUGGGUGGAUUAGCUGGUGGAAGGGCGAGCUUCAGCUGUACCACAACACGAAGCCGGUCGCCCGUGUCAGUGUGAUUUUGCGUGAAUGCCGCCACUUCGUACUCAUGUGGUACGUGGUGGCGCUCGAGUGGGAGUUUGUCACUGUGGGUCUGGUUUUUGCUGCUGCCGUUCUCACGGUUGUAGCGAUGGGCGUACUGCGACGCACGGGCGGCUGUUUCCGCAACGUACAUUCGUCGAUACGCGCGGUGACUUACUUGUCCAUGGUCACGAUCGCGCUUGUUGUUUUUUUCGUCGUCACAAUGGCUAUUUCCGAACUCAGCUUUAGUCGCACCAUUUCUUUGUUCUUCGGCUACAUGGCGGCUCUGUACGGCAUUAACGAGAUGGCGCGCAUGUACAGUUUCGCCAACUCGUCCAUCGCGACGAUGGGCACGUUCCAGCAGCUUGCGUUCUUUUUCGACUUCAUCUUUGCAGUGGCUAUGAUUUCCCCGCUCUUGGUGAUGUCAGCCAUCCCGUUUCUGAAUAUCGUCCAGACGCGAAUGAUGUACAACAAGGGUUUUUCCGAAGUCGUGUCAGCGUCCUCGCAGUACGCGUUUUCUCUGGCUGCCUUUAUGGGCGGGCUUGGCGGUAUAGGGUGUGGCUGGUUGUUCCAUUUGUUUACAACGCUCGAGAGCACUGCUGGUUUCCUGAGCUACGCCACAACGUACGAGCUACUUGACGACUACGUCGGCAACGGCUUGGUGACGUAUGCGUUCUACCUUUCUUGCGUGGGUGGGACGUUUGUGGCUGGCAUCAUGAACUACUUCAUUGGUCGUCGUCUGUCGAUUGUUCUCGGCGGCUUGUUGACGGUGCUGGGUAUGCUUGGCGUGAGCGCCGUGCAGUCAGGUGGUGGAGGUUUUCUUUUGCCAGGCGUGUGCUUGCUCGGUGUAUCGGUCGGCGCGCUCAUGCCCACGCUAGUAGCGUACAUUUACGAGAUUUCGACGCGUGACAUGCGCGGCAAGGCUCUUCUUCUACUUGGAAGUGGUUUCAUUCUCGGUAUCUUGCUUGCUUCUUGGUUUUCCUCCUCGGCGAAAGACCUUGGAUGGGUUUGGCAAGUGUUCAUUGCCACUGUCAUUCUCUCGAUCAUGACUCCGGCGGUGUAUAUUUUCCCAGAGAGUCCGUACUGGGUGUACAUGCGCGAGGGCUUGGAGUCGUGUGAGCGAUGCCUUGCUGUGUUGCGUCGUAAGGAAGGCGUGUCUGAGGAGCUACGCAUGAUUCGCGACGAAGAGGCUGGCAGCGAUGACAAGAGCGGCAGUUCUGGCACUUUGUCUCUAAAGUUCCUGACGGGUUUGUCCUUGAUGCUGGUAUCUAGCAUCUUUAUCGGAUGCGUGAACAUGUUCUUCUCCGACAAGUUUCGCGGCAUUGACGAGGCGACGUACAUGUUUGUCAACUGCGUGGCUCUUCAGUUUGUCGGCGCACUCUUUUCGUUCUUCUUCAUCGACCGUAUCGAUCACAAGAGCAUUCUGUUCUCGACGUUGCUGCCGAUCGCGACACUGGCUUGCGUCUUGGGGGUGUACAGUGUAUCGGAUUCCCUCAGCGGUGACAGCGAGUACAUGAUGCUGCAGGUUGUGGGCCUCGUGCUGUAUUUCUUUGCUGGUUUGGGAAUCACCGCGGUGCCAUGGGUCUCGUGCGCCGGUCUGUUCACGACGAAGCAGCGUACGAUGACUGUGACCGUGUACUUUAUGGUGUUUUUCCUGCUGCCCGUUUUUGCCAAUUACAUCCGGACCGAUGAUGCGGUUGGCGACGAGUACUUUUACUUGUUCGCGCUGACUGGCUGCUGUGUCGUGUCAAUGGGGCUUCUGUUCACCGCGGGCACUCUCAAGAACGGCAUGGUGUGCACCAAGAGUGAGAUGGAGAUUGAGCGCACGCGUCUACGCCGCAUCCGGGCGUCUCGCCGCAGCGCCCGCACGCCAGGCAGUGCGCGCUCCAAAAACUUCAGUCGCUCGCGCGCAAAGUCUCAUUCGAACUACCAGAUGUUCGAGUCUCCUGCUGGCAGUGCGCCGUAG